AUGGCCGCGCUCUUCCGCCCCUCCUCCACCUCGAUCCUGAGGCAGAUCACCAAGGUCCCAGCGACCCGGACGGUGUUCUACUCCACCAAGGCGUCUCCUCUCGCGGCGACAAUUGUGCGACCGGUCCAGAAGAAGGAGGGCCCUGUGUCGUCGCAGAUUGCCGCCUUCCACGCCUCGGGCAAGAAGGAGAUCUUGAAGCCGCUGCCACCAAACGAUGCUGCUCCGCUCCCACCGCACAACCCGACUCACGGUAGCUAUCACUGGACUUUCGAGAGACUUGUUGCGGCCAGCUUGAUCCCUCUGACCGUCGCUCCUUUUGCCGCUGGCUCUCUGAGCCCGGUUACGGAUUCGAUCCUCUGCGCGGCUCUGGUUGUUCAUUCGCACAUUGGAUUCCAGUACCGUUCCCCCCCCCCCCCUCCUCUUUCGAUCUUUUAUUCUUCUCAAUGCUUACAAUACCGCUCGUCCAGGGCCCUGAUCAUCGACUACCUCCCGGCGAAGCGUGUGCCCAAGACUCGGGCAUUCUGCACGUGGCUUCUGCGUGCUGCUACGCUGACUGUGGCCGUGGGACUGUAUGAGUUCGAGACGAACGACGUUGGUCUGACUGAGGCUAUCAAGAGGAUCUGGAAGGCAUAA